AUGACCGCGCCACCAACCCUCGAGGUCGCGCCCGUCCUCUCGACGCCCGAGACGCACAUCUUCGAGGACCCGACGCCCCCCGUCGACCCGGCCAGCGUACGCAAGGUCUCGGACGCGCAGCUCGCCAUCACGUACGAGGUCGAGCGCACCGUCAGGGAGAUCCGCGCGGGCCGGUGGCGGCGCAUCGCGCUGCAGUUUCCGGAUCACAUGCUGGUGGACGCGCCGCGCGUGUACGCCGCGCUGAGCAGGGGCUUGGCGCGGGCGCGGAAGGAAGACGCGGCAUCAUCUGCGAGAAGGGAACAAGCGAGUGCGGAGGCGAAGGAGGAUGAGGUGGACGGUGCGGCGGAGAGGCUGGCCGAGGUGGAUGUGAAUGGCGGGGACGCUGCUGCGGCGGAGGAGGAGGAGGAGCAGCUGUAUAUCUUGGGGGACACGUCGUACGGCGCUUGCUGCGUGGACGAGGUUGCGGCGGAGCAUGUGGAUGCGGAUGUCGUGGUGCACUACGGCAGGUCUUGCCUGUCGCCGACGGCGAGGCUGCCGGUCAUCUAUGUGUUCACGACGAGGCCGUUGGAGCUGGAUCCGGUGGUGGACGUCUUUAAGCAGACGUACCCGGAGAAGGACCAGAAGAUUGUGCUGAUGGCAGAUAUACCUUACUCGCAUCAUCUCUCGCCGCUACUCGAAAGACUACAGAGCGAGGGCUACACCGCGCUCUUCCUUACAGAGAUCGUCCACGACCCGUCCUCUCCGUUGCCGAACAGAAGUGUGCCGGACGAGGUCAAGGAGGAUCAAUCGGCACUCAGAGACUAUCAGCUCUUCCAUGUUUCCGACCCGCCAACUUCGCUGCUCCUGACGCUCUCGUCCCGCGUCGGUGCCAUACAUAUAUACCCCACGGACGCAUCUAAGCCGACAGAAGCACUGCUCGCUUCGUCAGCGCAGACCCUGCGUCGCCGUUACGCCCUCCUGACACGUCUCAGUGUGGAGCCUGUGUUUGGUAUCUUGAUCAACACUCUGUCGGUCAAGAACUACCUGCACAUUGUGGAUCACGUCAAGGAAAUGAUUGCGGCGGCGGGCAAGAAGAGCUACACGUUUGUAGUUGGCAAGAUCAAUGCGGCCAAGGUGGCCAACUUCUCCGAAGUCGGCGGUUGGGUCGUCAUUGGGUGUUGGGAGAGUAGUUUGAUCGAGAGCAAGGAUUUUUGGAAACCCAUCAUCACACCAUUCGAGCUGCAGCUCACUCUACAGGAUGACUCAGAGCGCGUGUGGACGGGGGAAUGGACGGGCGAUUUCCAGGCAGUGCUCAAGGCGAAGGCAGAGGCGAAGGCAGAUGCUGAGACGCAGGCGGAUGAGGGGCAGGGCGAUGCGGCGGGCGACGCAACGGGAGAGGGGUGGGAUUCUGAAGAGGAAUCGGCGCCGCCAGAGUUCGACCUCCGCACCGGCCGCUAUGUCUCACAUGCGCGGCCAAUGCGUGCGACAGCGGCGGCAUCGACGGCGAGCGAGCGGCAGGGCGCUGCGCAGAUCAACGGGGCCAGCAAGGCCGGGCACUCCCUUAUCAAGCGUGCAAACGGCGACGUCGCGCAAAUUGGUGGCGUGGCGUCGCCGGGCGCCGAAUUCCUGCGGAGCCAGAGGACGUGGCAGGGGCUCGGCAGCGACUUCGAUACGCAGGCAGCCGAUGAGGCGGAGGAAGAGGGGGCGCAAAGGGGCGCGCGGGUUGAGGAGGGCAGAGGCGGACUGGCGAGGGGAUACGUUGUUGGGGACGGUGCGGAGAUUAGGUGA